ACGGCCGGGCCCCAGGCCAGCCAAAGGAGGCUCGCGCAAGCAGCAGCUGCCGCCCGACCGCAGCUGGAUUUGAAGAUUGACCCAGGGGACUGUAUUUAUUUCAGGAAUUGAUUUGAAAGACACUGGCUCUUCCUCUAACAGCCAUGUAACUUUGGGUAUGGAAGAAAGCAGCAGCGUUGCCAUGUUGGUGCCAGAUAUUGGGGAACAGGAAGCUAUACUGGCCGCUGAAACUGUCAUCAGUUCAUCCUUGGAAAUCGAUGAACCAAAAAAAGUGAAAACAGAUCCAUUAAUCCAUGUUAUCCAAAAGUUAAGCAAGAUAGUGGAACAUGAAAAGUCACAAAAAUGUCUUUUGAUUGGAAAAAAGCGCUCGCGGUCAAGUGCUACAACACGGUCUCCUGAAGCUGAAGAACUUGGUGAGAUUCCAGCUAAAGUAAUCCAGUCACCUGCUGCUGGUGUCAGACGGGCUGCGAUGUCGCAGACAAACCCGGCCCCUGACUCUCUCGCCCCGAAUGAUGGGAAGGCCAUGUCGUACCAGUGUAGCCUCUGUAAGUUUCUGUCGUCAUCUUUUUCUGUGUUGAAAGAUCAUAUCAAGCAGCACGGUCAGCAGAACGAGGUGAUACUGAUGUGUUCAGAGUGCCACGUUACCUCUAAGAGCCAAGAGGAACUUGAAGCUCACGUGGUAAAUGACCAUGAAAACGAUGCCAGCGGCCACCCUCAGUCCAAAGCCCAGCAGUGCGUCAGCCCCUCCAACUCCUUGUGUCGGAGAACCACAGAAAGAAAUAACGAAAGCAUUCCUGACGUCGCGGUGAGUGUGGGUGACCCUCCGGCUCGUGCUGUCCAGGCCGCGUCCGUGGCCGGGCUGGGCAGGAGGAAGUGGUAUGCCUAUGAGCAGUAUGGCAUGUACCGGUGCUUGUUUUGCAGCUACACUUGCGGGCAGCAGAGAAUGCUGAAAACGCAUGCCUGGAAACACGCUGGGGAGGUUGAUUGUUCCUAUCCAAUCUUUGAGAAUGAAAACGAGCCCCUCGGGCUGCUAGAUGCUUCCGUGGCCUCGGCCCCAGGGGGCGUUGAUGCCGUGGUCAUUGCGAUUGGGGACAAUGAGCUGAGUAUCCACAACGGGCCUUCCAUUCAGGUGCAGAUCUGCAGCUCUGAGCCCUUGUCCACUGCUCCUUCUGAGCAGCGCGUGGAAGGCCGAGCUCACCUCAGUCAGUCCGUUACCCUUGACCCGCACGAGGAAGAAAUGCUAGAGGUGAUUUCUGAUGCCGAGGAGAAUCUGAUCGCUGACAGUCUGCUUUCAUCAGCACAGAAAAUCAUUAGCAGUAGCCCAAACAAGAAAGGUCAUGUUAAUGUGAUAGUGGAGCGUUUGCCGAGCGCUGAAGAAACGCUUUCCCAGAAGCGUUUCCUCAUGAAUGCUGAGAUGGAAGAGGGGCAGAACCUGAGCCCAGCGGAAGCUCCAGUUGGGUGUGAAGGCACAGAGGAGAUUUACCGUUCCGAUAAGUGUACUGUCGAUAUCGGGGGGCUGAUCAUCGGCUGGAGCAAUCCAGAGAAGGAGGAUAGUGAGUUACUGAGCAAAGGACUGGCAACUGAUGAAAAUGCCCCGCCAGGCCGAAGAAGGACGAAUUCUGAGUCUCUUAGGCUCCACUCACUAGCUGCAGAAGCGCUGGUCACGAUGCCAAUCAGAGCUGCAGAACUAACAAGAGCCAACCUGGGCCACUACGGGAAUAUAAACCUUUUAGCUCCAGAUACCGGACAAAGGCAGGUAGAUAGCACAUUGGCAGCAUACUCCAAAAUGAUGUCGCCACUUAAAAGCUCUGCGGAUGGCUUAACUGCUUUCAACCAAAGCAGCUCUACCUUGGUAGCGCUCCCAGAGGGUCGGCAGGAACUGUCGGACGGGCAAGUGAAGACAGGCAUCAGCAUGUCCUUGCUCACUGUCAUUGAAAAGUUGAGGGAAAGGACAGAUCAGAACGCUUCAGAUGACGACAUCUUGAAGGAGCUGCAGGAUAACGCCCAGUGCCAGCCCAGCGGCGACGCAAGCGUGGCAGGAGGCAGCGUGGUGGAGUACAUCCCCAACGCCGAGCGGCCCUACCGCUGCCGCCUGUGCCACUACGCCAGCGGUAACAAGGGCUACAUCAAGCAGCACCUGCGAGUCCACCGGCAGAGACAGCCUUACCAGUGUCCCAUCUGCGAGCACAUAGCCGACGACAGCAGAGAUCUGGAGAACCACAUGAUUAACCACUGCAAAACGAGGAUCUACCAGUGCAAGCAGUGUGAAGAGUCUUUUCACUAUAAGAGUCAACUGAGGAAUCACGAGAGAGAGCAGCACAGUCUCUCAGACACCUUGACAAUAGCAGCUUCUAAUGAGUCAAGAAUUUCCAGUGACACGGCCGAUGGGAAGUGUGUUCAGGAAGGGAGUAAGUCCUCAGUCCAGAAGCAGUACAGAUGCGACGUCUGUGAGUACACAAGCACCACGUACGUGGGCGCCAGGAACCACAGGCGCAUCCAUAACUCUGACAAGCCGUACAGAUGCUCUUUGUGUGGCUAUGUGUGCAGCCACCCUCCGUCUCUGAAGUCCCAUAUGUGGAAACAUGCAAGUGACCAAAAUUAUAACUACGAACAAGUAAACAAGGCUAUUAACGACGCAAUUUCACAAAGUGGCAGAGUUCUAGGGAAAACCCCUGGACAGACUCUAGUAAACAGCAGUGAAGAAAGAGCCGAUCCUGUCAAUGGAAGUUCAGAAAAUUUGGUGUCAUCCUCAGAGCUGAGUUCCCAGACCACCAGUGAAGUCAUAGGUCCCAACGAGAGUGAGAAACUGAGCCCUACAAGUAAUACCUCAUCUAGCGUAGAAAAAGCCUCCAGCCUCGCCCCUCCCGGUAUGGAGUAUUGUGUUUUACUCUUCUGUUGCUGCAUUUGUGGCUUUGAAUCUACCAGCAAAGAAAAUCUCUUGGAUCACAUGAAAGAGCAUGAGGGUGAAAUCGUAAACAUCAUCCUAAAUAAGGACCACAGCACAAAUCUAAACACAAAUUAGUUGGAAUAAUUACUUGAAGAGGAAAACAGUUUUACUUUUGCAUUUUCAAGUAGCUUACUAGACUCAGAAGAAAUAGUUGGGGUGAUCUUUGAGAAAUGACAGGUGUCAUUUCCUUUGGAACCAGAUUUUUAAUGUAAUCAAAGGAAUUCCAAAUGGAUAAGCAGUAAAUACUUAUGUUGAGUAAGGGGCAGUGGGUUGAGGAGGAAGCAGAAAUGUAGUCCUGUAUUCACCCUGUUACCUCUUCUUAGUAUUGAGUGUAUUUAUUACUAAAAGCUUCUUAUAGUAUAGAAAUGCAAGUAAAAGAGUUGAGAACGGACUUUGCAGGAACUAGUCUAAAAUUUGUUACAAAAUGUCAUAGUCUUAAGCAGAGCUUGUUUUGUUCAUGCUGGAUUUCGACAGGCCAGCUGCAGAGUGACAGGCCUGAGGUGAGCCCUGGGAGGCAGCUGCUGAGGGCUUUGCGCAAGCGCGUUACCAACAGUCAGCAGGGGAGAGUAAAGGGUUUCGAAGCGGUCGAAGUCUUUCCCCAAACCAGUAGGAAUUAGUCACCUAUUCACGCAAAGACAUGUUUUAGUCCUUAGAAAAGAAAAACGAGACCUUUAAAUCCAGAUCUGGAUUGUAAGUAGACAUUUCAGAAGUAGAUGUCUUAAACUGACAAUGAGUUUCUUAUGGGCAAAGGAGGAAAUAGGUCAAUUCUGAUCAGACUCGACCCAGAUCUCAAGAUCUGUCGAAAGCUUCGUCACUUCUUUCCAGAGUGUAUAACGACGUCCGCAUGCGGUCCCUGGCUCCUGGGCCUCUGGCUCUCCUGCAGGCCAGACCAAGCUUGUCUUCUGAAAAGUGUUAAAGCAGCAAAGUGAAAGUUGGCCUUUGAUCCUUGGACCUUAUGAAUAGCUUGAACUCUUAAACAAACAUCAUUUGGGGGAAGAAGGAUGAAAUUCAGAAGCCUCUUAAAAAGAAUAUCACUAUUGAGGUAUUACUUCCUGGCAUUUGUUAACUUAGUUAUGCUUAAUGUAAGAGGUAUAACCAAAUGUGAUUGAAAUACAGUCAAAAUUCAGGUUGUUUCUAAAAUACUUAAUAACAGACAGCAUUUCUACAGGGUUUCUCCUCUUUAGGAAAAUUCCAUUUUGUUAGUGUGCCAAUAGUGUAAGGAAAACCAACUAAAAGUGCUUUUGCUUUAAAACUCAUCAUCAAAUACACAUAAUCUCACUCAUUACACAUUUGUAUUAUAAUGUAUUUCAACGUGACGAGAACAAGACUUUUUGGUUUGUUUUGUAUUUCUCAUCAUUUGUGUGUGCAUUGUGAUGUUAAAAUCAAUUCUGCCUACGCGUGGGAGGCCGGUGCGCCAAGCAGGCACGAUCUCUGUGGUGCUCUUCCUCAACUCGAUCCUAACCUCUAGAGCUGAAGCUGUGACACCGACCAACUUGGGAUUGAAUAGAGAAUUUCCCGGGUUGGGUGUAUUUUAAGAAAGAUAUAUUUUAGGAAAGAAUUCUCUUCCCAAGGUCUAGCUAAGAAUGAAAUGAAUUAACCUUUUCAAAAAAGCAUUGGGGACUAUUUAAAACAGUUAGUUAGGCAUCUUGAAACAUUGUCUGAUUUGUUGUUUUUUUUUUAAUCUCAUUUUGAUGAUGAUAUUUAAACAAAAUUGAUUAUAACUUUGCAGUUGUUUAAUUCAGGUAGUUUUAUUAAUUUAUUUAUGAAAGUUAACCCAUUUCUGAUAUUUGAUUUUGGAAGGGUAGAAUGAAUUUAUAUACACUAGAUUGUAUUCCCCAGUUCCACUAUAUGUGGAUUUAUAUUCAUUUGUUUUCAGAAUUAAAGCACAUUUAUAUUUCAGUUCAAAUUGAAAUAAAAUGUUUUCAGUGGUUCCACUACUGCUCAUCAUUGCCAUUCCAUCAGUCUUUCCAUUGUUGGUAGCUGUUCCUCAGUGUUCCCUUGUCAGAUCUGUUACUCUAAAAUUUAACCUAAGGAGAAUUUUGUUUUAUAAAUCUUCCCUGGUUUUCUGUAAUCAUUUGGGAAAUACCAAACAGAAACACCCCCAAAAUUUCAAUAGUGAAUUGAUUUCUAAAUAACUUUUUUCAUUUCCUUAUACCACAUCCACUCAUUGAUACUUGAAUUUUCCAUUUGCAAUCAUGGAUUUUAAAAUUCCAUAACUCGUGAGAAAAAUUAAUCUAGAAUAGCCCUGAAGUUCAAAGCCUUUAAACUUUCUUCUGAUUUUGGCCUGAAAUACCCGCUAGAGCCUUCUCCUGGCCACACAGGAGGAGCCACUCACCGAGGCUGUCCUCCCGUCCCGUGGCCGCCGGUGGCACGCCUUAAGCUCAUAGUGCUCUACCAAGAACAGCUGAGUAUGCUGAAAGUAAUAAUGAAGACUAAAUAUGCAACUUUAAUCGUCAAAAAGGUGUCCAAGUAGUCAGCAGGAAUUCCCUUUUUAGGAGUAACAUUUCUUGUAUUAGCACUAGGUCUUUUGCCAUGUAACACUCAUAGUAUGUUUUCUGCUCUGAACAUUUAGUCAUAAAAUUUGGUGAUGAAAUCGUUUUUAAAAAGGAACUUACCAGAUGCAGCAAAGGUGGGGACGGGUGGUGGGGGGAGAUGAUGUAUUCGAUCUUAUAAAUAAUACUUUUCAGAGCUCUGUCAUUUUCCGCUAGUCCAGAGGGUGUUGUUGGUGUCCAGUGUUCUUACCCGCCUGUCUCCCAGUGGUCUGUAGCCUUGAGCUCUGUGUCCAGCAGUGCAGUGUAGUGACACUGUGGGAAGCCUUUGUUUUCCAACCUGCAGCCUUUUGGAAGUAGCUAUCGAUGGUUUCCUUCUUAUUUUCUCGUCUUUUCUCACAAAGCAAAUGAUGGCACCCAUGUUUACAUUGUAUCUUCCCGCAAUGUACUUGGCUUGACAAGGACAAGCAGGCUUCUCUAUUGAGACUUAUUAUAUUUUUAGUUUUCAUAGACACUUAUUUAAUCUUUUUUUAUUGUACAGCAAGGUGCUCUGAGUAAUAUUAUAUAAAAUAUAUUUAAUAGAAAUUUGAGUUUGAUAUUCAUGGACAUGAAUACAUGUAUUUUUUUAAGAAAUAAGUAUUGUGUAACACUAUGGCAUUGCUUCUAUAGCCAAAGUCUAAAAGUUUCUGGAACACUGACAUGUAAAGACUGCAGUUAAUUCUGACACUGUAUCUUAUUAAAAUAGGAUGAUUUGCAUUUUGUGAAAUUAUCCUGCACAUCAAGCUGCAUGCCUUAAAGCCUAAAACUCUAGGAUUGUGUUCAUGGUAGAACAGUUUAUCUGUUCAGCAUACAGUGAAGCAAGGUCUAUAGCGCUUCUUUAACUACCUUUGGAAAUACUGUACAAUGUUAGAAUAAUUUAUUUUGCUUUACAGGAGUUUGUCAUGUAUUGACUUUAAUAUUG